AUGGACCAUAUAUGGACCUACCAUAAUAUCGUCGGGCUGACCCUGGGACCUAGCUGCUCCCGAAACGAGGCCGACCGCCGUGGCGAGGGCAUUUGUGGCCACUCUUGCUUCCGCGAUCUCCGGCUGAAAAUCGUCGAAAAUCAUGGAUUUAUUCGAAGAGCGACGAAAUUAGUACGGGGAAAGCUGAGCUGGAUUAAUAUUGCUGGUAAAAGAGUUGGGGGGCGUGGCCAAGAGUGUGUUGGGAUCUUCUGA